AUGGACGCCUCUAUGGAUAUUGACAUGGACAUUGACCUGGGUCCCCUUCCCGAAAAUGAAACCUUUGAGACUACUCUGGUGACGGCGACUGCUCCCGAUGAAUCGGCAGACCCCAUUGCUGCAGAAGCACAGUACGAAAAAGUUCACGUUCGCGGUGUCGACGAGCUGGCGACCGAGAAUAUCAAACAAUUCGCCCUCGAGCACUUCACCCUGGAGGAACCAAGCCGUGUCGAAUGGAUCGAUGACACAUCGGCGAACCUCAUCUACUCAUCGGCGGAGAUCGGCCUCCAGGCUUUGUCGGCCUUUACACAGGUGAAUGCGGAGGAAGAUGCAUCUGCGCUGCCCGCCCUCCGGCUACGAUCCGCGAAGCUUCUGUCGUCCCACCCCGAUUCGGUGCUCCAGGUGAGAUCAGCGAUCAAGACGGACCGCAAGAAGCCUCGCGCGCACGAAGCCAGUCGCUUUUACCUCAUGCACCCCGAACAUGACCCUCGGGAACGCCUGCGCCGGGAGCUCUCAGAUAGACGGCGCUCGGGAGGAGAUACCGGUGAUGGGGAUUACCAGCGGCGACGGUUUGACGGGCGGGAACUGCGCCGGCGGAGAGACCGCGAUGCAGAUGAGAGCUUCAGUGCCAACAUGUACGACGACGCACCCCGGACCAGCCCCGAUCGUUCGGAACCGGACCGCAGUCGUGAUAGGCGAAGAAGGCGAGGAGGAGACGAGCUAUUCCCAGAGGAAGGACGCUUGUCGGGCCGCCUUCGCAACCGUAGCGCAUCACCCGGUCGAGACACGCUGAUGGAAAGCGGAUAUAUUGAGCAGGAUCGGCAGGAAUCGCGCAGACGGUUCCGAGAGCGCUCACCUCAGCUCGACCGCCGCAAUGAAGGCAAGGAGCUCUUCCCAUCCUCCGGGGCCAAGUCCAGCGAUUCGAACACGCGAGAGCUGUUCCCCAACCGAACAGCUAAAGAGCUCUUCCCUCAGAAAGUUAGCAACCAUCGCCGGUCAGAUGCGAUUGACGUCGCGGAUGAGGCAGCGGAUCUCUUCUCACGACGUAUCUCCGUCCCUCUCGUUGAUGGCACUCAAGAUCAGCCAUCUGCGCGCCGAAACCGAGACAUUGAGCUUUUCCCUGAGACGACACAGAGGGGCGGGCUCAACAUCCGCGGGGCGGCAGGGCAGGAUCAGGGUAUGUCGAUUCGGGGUGCGGCGAACGGUCUUUCAAUCAAGGGACGGGGCGCAUCAGUUCGCGAGCUUUUCCCGUCCAAGUACGGUUCCAACGCCGGCAAGGAAUUGUUCUCGGACAAGAUCGAGGGGCGCGGGGGACCGCGACGCAGAGCGGAGGACAUGUUUAGCUGA